GAGAAGGAGCUUGUUAUGGAGUGGCUGAGGAAUCCAUCAAAUGAGCAUCGGGGAACUGAUUUGUACAGAAACAUUUCUCUUCUAUCUAUAGUCGGCCAUGGUGGUAUGGGGAAGACAACUCUCUUGCAACAUGUUUAUAAUGAUGAAAUUACAAAGGAAUUUGGUUGUAAAAUGUGGGCUUGUGUUUCCAACAACUUUGAUGUGAAGAAAGUCAUUGCAGAUAUGUUGGAAUCUCUUAAUAAGAAAGAGAGGCCUCGGUUGGAGACGCUUGAUGCACUUCAAUAUUGCCUUCGGACUGAGAUUAUGUCCCAAAAGUUCUUACUUGUGCUGGAUGAUAUUUGGGAGGAGGAUGAGAAGGAUAAAAGCAAAUGGGAGGAUGUGCUCGCCCCUCUAUCUUCUGGGGGUUUUGGUAGUAAGAUUCUUGUAACAACUCGAACAGAAUCAAUUGCACUAAUGUUUGCAAAGGUAAUUAAAAAGAAGAAGGAAAUAGUUCAAUUAGAGGGCCUAGAGGAAGAUGAGUGUUUGGAGCUCAUUAACUCUCAUGCAUUUGCUGGUGUAGAGAACCCCCCUGAUGAUCAUGAAAGUUUAAGAGUCAUUGCUCGAGAUAUAGUUAAAAAGCUUUCAAGAUCUCCGUUGGCGGCUAAGGUCAUUGGUGGUGUUCUGAAUGAGAACUUGGAUGCAAGGCAUUGGAGGACAGUUCUAGAAAGCAAUUUAUUGGGUCAGAAUUCUAUCCAUUCCAUCUUAAGACUGAGCUAUAUAGUUCUGCCAAAUCAUCUACGAAAUUGCUUUACAUUUUGUUGUAUGUUCCCAGAAGAUCAUAGGUUUGAUAAAGAUGAUUUAGUCCGAAUGUGGAUUGCAUUGGGUUUCAUUCAGCCGUCUCAAGAAAUGACUAUGGAGGAUAUCGGAGGAAGGUAUUUUGAUGUUUUAGUAAAAAAAGUUUUAUUUGACAAGUUUGAGAUCAAAUUUUACAGUAAUAAGGUGGUCGGAUAUUACUACAAGAUGCAUGAUUUAAUACAUGAGUCAGCAUCUAGAUUUUUUGCACAUGUAUGCGGUAAAGUUGUGGAUCAUGAAGAGUCAUCUCUCAAAAUUUCUGAGACUAUUCGACACUUAUCUGUUCUAAAUGCAAAACCAAACAUCUUAAGAAAGAUUGAGAAGUUGAAACAUUUGCAUUCUCUUUUCUUGUUCUAUAAAGAUUUUAAUGAUCAGGAUCUUUGCAGUGAACUUAUUGAAGUAUUGAAAUCAUCGAGAAGCCUACGCUUAUUAUACAUAUGUGUUGAUCAAGUUGAAUUGAAAAUGAUACUUGAGGAGAUUGAAAAUUUGAUACAUCUUUGA